AUGCGGGACAAACUCGAGAAGCAAUUCCCAGAAAUCAUCGAGCAGCUGACCAAUAAUCAAAAGACGACAGUCGAACACUAUGAGAAGGAACUUCGCCUGGCACUAGAUCACCGGUUUGAGUUCCUACAGACCUCCGUUGUCGAUCUCAACGCGAGGAUUGCUACAAAGGAUCUCGAAAACUUUCAACUGAAGAAUCAGCUGGAUCAAGCUUCCACUGUGGCAGAGAAGCUGAGAACAAGUGAAGAAGAGUACAAACAGCAAACGCUCGAAGUGCGCAACCAGCUCUCCACCUUCGAAGAGCAGUCCAACCAUAAAGUCCUUCAACUCCGCAAUCAGCUGUCCGCUCUUGCAGAGCAGUCCACACAAGAAAGGACUAAAUUGCGCAACCAGGUCACCCAGGAUUCCUCCGAUGCGCACGAGCUGAGAAUCUGUAACGCCGAGCUCCACCAUCAGCUCUCCCAAUAUUCCAUCGCUGCAGAGUCGUUCUCGUCAUUUAACAAUGAGCUCCUCAACCAAUUGGACCAGACCAUCACUGUUCUAUCUGAGUUGAAAACAGAGAGGCUUGAGCUCCGCAAGCAGCAAUCGCACGAUGCAGAGCUGUCCACGAUGCUCAGCGCCCGACUUCAGCAGGCUUCCGAAGACACAGAGUUGCUCCGAGUACGAAACACUGAGCUCGACGCCCGACUCCAGCAGACCUCCAAAGACGGAGAGCUGCUCAAAGUACGGAACACCGAUCUCGACACCCGGUUCCAGCAGGCUUUCGAAGACAUAGAGCUGCUCCGAGCACGAAACACCCAGCUCAGCAUCAACCUCCAGCAGUCUGCCCACGAUGCAAUGCAGCUAAGCACCCGCGACGAUGACCUCAGCAUCCAACGUUUUCAAUACUCGAAUGAGCCAAACUCACCACCUCCCUUUCCGGGACAUACCACCACGCCAGCUAGGCGCACAUCUCUCGCCGCGUUCUCCCCCGACAACCUCGUCUCCAAGAAAAGGGUUAUCGGUAAGCGUGCGUCGAAAGGCCAAGGGAGUCGAGCCUCGAUCGACAGUGACAGUACACAGUCACGUUCUCCAAGCGAAGUAUCCCUUGUCUCUGAACCUUCCCUUCAACGGCCUAUGGUUGUCACGACUCACGCAUCCUAUCCGCGGGAUGCAACCACCAUUGGCUGUGUUCGCAUUGACGCACAGGAUGUGGAACAAGGAAGAUGGGCCCCUGGCGUGUCCGGAGACCUCCAAGAGCUGAUCAAGGAUUAUUUGAAGUGGGCUGAGGGACGGAAAAAGAGUCAUCUCCGCCCAAAGGUGGAUCAGUUGAAACUAUCCGAUAUACAAUGUCACUGGCAUGAGCUCGCGCGUCAUGAUCGACAACGGCUGAUUACGCUUGACAAUUAA